AUGGCUGCGUCCCCCGGCGGGAUCCCUGCUGAGCUGCAAGAGGGCAUCACCGCCUUCCUGGGGACAAAGAAGGUCCUCCUGGUGCUGAGCGUCCAGCUGCAGGUGAAAUCCAAGUACGACGACUAUAUCUUGGUGCUGACGCCCUGGCGAGCCUAUGUGUUGCCGGUGAUGCUGCCGGUGAGGGUUCACAGCAGCUUCAGCUUCCUGGAGGUGAAGGAGAUGACGGUGCGAGAGCCCAGCUUGGUUGUCAUAGAAACGGAUGCAGCAUCUUAUGCCUUCCGGUUCAUGUGCUUUGAUGAUUUGGAGCAAGUUGUCAUCCACGUCACCAUGUCGCUUAAGAAGGUCUUUCCAGACUCAUCCCCUGGGACGCUGCUCAAGAACUCCCCCCCCAACCUGUACGAGAGGAUCCGGCAGAUCACGGACUCGCUGGAGGACAUGCUGCAGAGCAGCCCCGGGCCCUGCGGGGGCUUUUCGGAGACCUACGCUGCUUUAUGUGAUUACAACGGCUUUGCGUUCCGUGAGGAGAUCCAGUGGGACGUGGACAACAUCUACCACAGCCAGGACUGCCGGGAAUUCAACCUGCUGGACUUCAGCCACCUGGAGAGCCGAGACGUGGCACUGAGCAUCGCUGCCUUGUCCUUCAACCUGUGGUUCACCAAGCUCUCCUGCAAGGACUUCAGGCUGAACCAGGAGAUCUCGGAGCAGCUGCUCUACAUGCUCAGCAAAUCGGUGACACUGGAGGAGCUGGUGCUGGAAAACAGCGGGUUGAAAGCCGACUUUGUGCAGAGGAUGGCCCAGGCACUCAGCAACCAUCCUGACUCUGUCCUGCACACCAUCAACCUUGCUGGCAACCAGCUGGAAGACAGAGGGAUCGUUGCCUUCAGCCGGCACGUGGAGAAGAGUCCCAAGGGUCUGCAGAGCCUCAGCUUGGCCAGGACGAUGCUCAGUGCCAAAGGGAUGAGCACGUUAUGCAAAGCCCUCGCGGAUAACAAAGCCAUCGGAUCUUCCCUCCAGCACUUGGACCUCUCCGGAAACCCCGGCAGCCUGGCUGGGGAGGACAUCAGUAACCUGCAGAGCCUCCUCCGCCAGUGCCACUCUAUCUCCCACCUCAUCCUGGCUGGCACAGACUGCCCGUUGGAUGCUCUUUUUGGAGCCCUGGUCCAUGGAUGCCACACCAGCCUCGUCCAUCUGGAUCUCUCCAAAAACGUGUACUCCCAAAAGAGGGUGAAAACCAUCUCCCCUGACAUCAAGGAGUUUUUCAGCCAAACCUGUGCCCUCAGGCACGUCUCCAUGGCGGGUACGAAACUGCCAGCGGAUGCUGUAAGGGCGCUGCUGCAAGGGCUGGCAGACAACAGUCACAUCAGCGACCUACGCCUGGAUCUUAGCAACUGCGAGCUGAGAUCAGCGGGGGCCCAAGUCAUCCAGGACCUCAUCCCUGACGCCAGCUCCAUCAGCGACCUGGACUUGUCUGACAAUGGCUUCGACCCUGACAUGGUGACGUUGGUGCUCUCCAUCAGCAGAAGCAAGUCCAUUAGGCAUGUCUCUCUGGGGAAAAACUUCAACAUCAAAUCCAAGGAGGGACUGGUGGACGUCCUUCACCGCAUCGUCCAGCUCACCCAGGAGGACGACUGCCCUCUCCAGUCCCUGUCCCUGGCCGAAUCGCGUCUCAAGCUGGGAACCAACGUCCUGCUGAGCGCCCUGGGCAGUAACACCAGCCUCGUCGCUCUGGACAUCAGUGGCAACGCCAUGGGGGACACAGGGGCCAAGAUGCUAGCCAAGGCGCUGCAGAUCAACACGAAGCUCAGGACUGUGGUUUGGGACAGGAACAACACAACCGCCCAUGGGCUCCUGGAGGUGGCUCAAGCUUUGGAGAGGAACUACACCCUCAAGUCCAUGCCCUUGCCGAUGAGCGACGUGGCGCAGGCGUACCGCAGCAACCCCGAGAAAACGGAGGAGGCGGUGCACAAGCUCCAGUCCUGCCUGCCAAAGAACCAGCUGCGGCGCACGCUGCCCGCACAGACCUUCCGCCUCCAGCAGGGCAUCCUCACCACCUCUUCCGAACAGAUGGUGAACGAGAUCUGCCUGAGCGUGCAGAAGCACGUCGACAUCCUCAGCGCCUGCUCGGGCAGGGAGGCGGAGGCGGACAUCCUCUGCGCGGAGGAGGCCAUCAGGAACGCCAACCUCUCCAUCAGCAUCCUGCCCCUCUUGUAUGAAGCGGGAAACACCCCGUACCAGAAUGGCAAACUCCAGCACAAGCUGGAGUGUCUCACGGAAGAAGCGUCGCAGACCUGUGGCCGGGAGAUCCAGGCGAUCAUGCAGGCAGCGCUGGACACAGCACACAGCCUCUGCCCAGCCGUGGUGCAGAAGAGCGGGGUGAGGGACCAGCUGGUCAACGCCAUGUCGGAGCGGAUCUACCUCCAGGACCACCUCAACAUCAGUACCGUCCUGGACCAGAUGGUCACCGAUGUCUUCAGCAAGCUGAAUGAAAUCAAGCUGUCCGUCACAGCCGCCGUGGCCGACUGCAUCGUGGAUGCCGUGCUGGGAGACCUGACCAUAGCCCAGUGCAAGCUGGGGAGCACUGGGGGCCACCAGCCUCUGCUGCGGGAUGGGGAUUACAAGAUGGCCCUGCGGCGGAAAAACAAGCAUUUCAGGAGCAUUCGGCCCACGCCAACUGUGCAGCCCGUGGCCUGUGAGAACAGUGAGGACAGGAGCAUCACCCGCGUGGACGAGGGGUUGGAGGACUUCUUUGCCAAGAGGCUCAUCACAGAGGAGCUACCCCCCACGGCUCCAGGGACCUGCCCAGGAUCGGCCCCUCUGGCCCCCUCUGGCUCCCGCACCCUCAAGAAGAAAAUCGGGAAUUUUUUUGCCUUCAAGAAACCCAAAUCCAGCCGGGGCUCGCGGUGUGAGAAGGAGCCCGAGGCGGGUGGCCCCGCUGCCCCCAGGAGCAGGCGCUCGAUGCUCAGUGACAUUUUACGGGCCCCCAGCAAGGCGGGGGAGGCGAGCAAGCCGCUGAGUAAAUCGGAGGAAGGGGGGCUCGCCGCUGAGCCCCGGGCAGAGCCCGAGCACUGCCAGACCCCCGACUCUGCCCGCAGGAUCCGGCCCAAGUACUCGCGGGAGGGCAAAUCCCAAUCGCUCAUAUUGCUGCCCGGGGAGGAUGAGGAUGCGCUGGGGGUCAGGCAGGACAAGAAGAGGCAGCUGGAGAAGAGCGAGGGGGAGCUGCCCGGCUCCUUCGAGCAGCGCGUGCAGGUCAUGCUCCACCGCAUCGGCGUCACCAAGGGCCCGGCCGCCGAGGGCAAGAAGCAGCAGAGCAAAGACAGCGAGAUCAAGAAAGCCGGCUCAGAUGGGGACAUCGUGGACAGCUCUGCAGACUCCCCC